CACUAUAUAAUAAUCACUCAAAACUUCUAACAUCCCUCAUCACAUUGCGCAAUCCCCAUUUUUAAUUGUUGUUGGCAGCUGAAAUCAGCUACUGCAAUUCGCUUUACAGAUUUGUGAAAGAGUUUGAAGUCUUUAAUAGGUUCAUUGUCGAAGCCGUUGAAGAAACGAUGUUAGCUGCCAAUAUGCGCCCGAUUAGUCCUUUACCAGCAGUUCUUGAAAAAACUAGUAGUUUUGCUCUUUCAUGGCAAAAUGCAGCGCCUUUGGCCAAAUUCAAGCCCAGCCGUAUAAGCACAAGCGUCAGAUCGUCUUUACAUUCGAUUGUAGCUCCAGAAGUUGAUCAAGACUUCACUUCUGCUCAAACCCGAGUGAAGAUUUUAUCCGAAGCAUUGCCCUUUAUCCAGAAAUUCCGUGGCAAGACCAUUGUUGUUAAGUAUGGAGGAGCAGCGAUGAAAUCCGAGGCCCUGCAGGCUUCUGUGAUUGCUGACGUUGUGCUUCUUUCCUGUGUCGGCCUCCGUAUCGUAUUCGUCCAUGGAGGCGGGCCCGAGAUCAACCAGUGGCUCGGAAAACUGAACAUCGAGCCAAAUUUCCUCAACGGGCUCCGUGUCACUGAUGCAUCGACCAUGGAGAUCGUGUCGAUGGUGUUAGUUGGUAAAGUGAACAAGCAGCUCGUCGCGCUGAUCAACCAAGCUGGCGGUACCGCAGUCGGGUUAUCGGGAAUCGAUGGCCGACUCUUGACGGCUCGGCCCUCUCCAAAUGCCUCGCAGCUCGGUUUCGUUGGCGACAUUGCGAGUGUCGAUCCCACGAUAAUCCGGCCGCUCAUUGACAACAACCACCUCCCCGUGAUCGCCUCGGUCGCUGCUGAUGCAACCGGACAGGCCUACAACAUCAACGCGGACACGGCGGCAGGUGAGCUGGCGGCGGCGCUGGGGGCGGAGAAGCUGAUAUUGCUGACGGACGUGGCCGGGAUACUGGAAGACCGAAACAACCCGGAGAGUCUGGUGAGGGAGAUCGACAUCAAGGGAGUGAAGAAGAUGAUUGAAGAGGGGACGAUAGCUGGUGGGAUGAUCCCGAAGGUCAACUGCUGCGUGAGGUCACUGGCGCAAGGUGUUCGGACAACUAGCAUCAUCGACGGGCGGCUGAAGCAUUCGCUACUCCUUGAGAUUUUGACUGAUGAAGGCGCUGGGACGAUGAUCACUGGAUAAGUAUUACUGGUAAACUAAUAGUAAUGCUUUAUGGUUUAUGUCAGUUUUUUAUUUCAUAUUUGGAAAUGGAAUUUGUUUGAGAAUUUCUCAUGCUUUUGCUUGCUUAUCAUACGCAUAACUGUUUCUAACUUUCUAUUUCAACAGAAAGAUAGAAUCAAAUUACAGGGGACAAAAGGUGAAUUUGAAUUCUACCUUUCACUAGUUUGAAGCUGAUUCAUGAAAAAACUUGCAUCUAUCCUUGUAAUGACGCCUUCAUAAGGCAAAGUUUCGAAAUUUUUCUGCUGCUUUUUCAUGACCUUGCUGGUGAAUUCGUCGACUCCCUACUGCAUUCGUAUUCUGAAUAUAGUAAAUGCGGCUUUGCUGCGAGUAUCCCAUAUUUUCCUUGAAUGUUUGCCUCUGUACUGGAAACUCGGGAUGAUUGGGAUUCGAAGAAAAGCUCCGAGGUUUGUUCAGAUCGUGUUCACUCUCUGCAAGUUGAAGUUGAUAGCCAUUAAGGGUUGUUAGUAUAAAAGUGAGUUUGUUUAUCAGAUUGUCUAGCUUUCUUUCUAGUGUUCUUGUUUAGAUUUGGAUGCUCGUUUCUUGCAGCCCUGAUGGUCGAUGGAUACCAGUGAAGCGAAUCACAUGAACAAAACCCGAGACUAAGAACAUGAUAAUCUAUGAUGUUCAAAUCUGAUCUGUGUUUUGUUCAACUAAAGAGGUGUACUUACCUCGUCGACCUCUGCAUUUUUCGCUUUUCCUCCUGUUGCGCAUUUCUAACAAAAUUCUUCCUUUCUCCUUCAUCGUCGAAUUCUAUCACGAUCUACAGAAAGUGAUCGAAGAAAUCAAGAAAGAAAUCAUAUUAGUCCAAAAUGUACAGCUAUUUAUCUUUGUGAUUGUAUACCAAAGACUAUAUCAAGGUUUAUGUCAUUCAUAUCUUUAAGAUCCCAAA